GCUGGCCCCUCCAGCACUUCCAAGUACGACGUCGUCGUGAUCGGCGGUGGCCACGCCGGCACUGAAGCGGCUGCGGCGGCGGCGAGGGUGGGAGCCCGCACCCUGCUCGUCACGCACAAGGUGGACACCAUAGGGCAAAUGUCAUGUAACCCUUCCUUUGGUGGAAUUGGAAAAGGACAUCUGGUCAGGGAAGUGGACGCACUGGACGGGCUCUGCGCACGAAUCUGCGAUCAGUCGGGAGUGCAUUACAAAGUGCUAAAUAAAUGCAAGGGACCGGCUGUCUGGGGUCUCCGAGCCCAGAUUGACAGAGAGCUCUAUAAAGAGAACAUGCAGAAAGAAAUUCUCCAAACCCCACUUCUGACAGUUUGUGAAGCUUCUGUGGAAGAUCUUCUACUGACAGACCCAGAAUCGGAUCAUCCAGGCAAAUGUUGCGUCAGUGGAGUCGUGUUGGAAGACGGAAGGAGAGUGCAUGCUGGGAGUGUUGUUCUGACCACGGGAACAUUUCUGAGGGGCAUGAUCCUAAUUGGAUUGGAAAUGCAUCCUGCCGGGCGGAUGGGAGACCAGCCCUCCGUCGGCCUUGCUCAGACUCUGGAGAAACUUGGAUUUACCAUAGGAAGGUUAAAGACUGGAACUCCACCCCGACUGGUGAAAGACUCCAUUGACUUCAGUGUCCUCGAGAGGCAUCCCGCUGACAGCUCUCCUGUGCCGUUCAGCUUCCUUAGUGAAUCUGUGUGGAUUAAGCCAGAAGAUCAGCUGUCAUGUUACCUGACGCACACAAACCCCAAAGUGGAGAAAAUCAUCCAUGAGAACCUUCACCUGAACAACCACGUCAGAGAGACAACAAGAGGACCCCGGUACUGCCCCUCACUAGAGUCGAAAGUUCUGCGUUUUCCAAAUCGCACACAUCAGGUCUGGCUUGAGCCUGAGGGUCUGGAUUCCAACGUCAUCUACCCGCAGGGAAUAUCUCUGACGUUGCCAUCUGAGAUCCAAGAGGAGCUUGUCACCCAUAUUAAGGGCUUGGAAAAAGCAAAAAUGGUACAGCCAGGCUAUGGAGUGCAAUAUGAUUUUCUAGACCCACGUCAGCUGACUGCCUCCCUUGAGUCUCGCCUCGUCCAGCGGCUCUUCUUUGCAGGGCAGAUAAAUGGCACAACAGGCUACGAAGAGGCUGCAGCUCAGGGUGUGGUUGCUGGAAUCAAUGCCGGUCUGCGGGUCACUGGGAAACCUCCAUUUAUUGUCAGCCGCACGGAGGGGUACAUUGGCGUUCUGAUUGAUGAUCUCACUACUCUGGGCACCAGCGAGCCGUACCGCAUGUUCACCAGCCGAGUGGAGUUUCGGAUGUCUCUGCGGCCAGAUAACACUGACAGCAGACUCACCUUCCGAGGCUAUAAUGAAGCUGGCUGUGUGUCUCAAAAGCGGUAUGAGCAAGCAUCUUGGAUGAAAGCUGCGUUAGAAGAAGGACUUGAAUUGCUGAAAUCUAUUCAGUUCAGCAAUGCAAAAUGGGCCCAGCUCAUACCAGAGAUUACAGUCAGUGCCAGUCGUAGCUCUCCUUGCAGUGCCCUGGACAUCCUUCAGUACCAGGGGGCCAAUAUGGAGAUUUUGUCACGAGCUGUCCCAGGGCCUCUGAAAAAGUUUGCAGAAUGGAGACAACUGGCAGAAAGGCUGAAAAUAGAAGCUGUUUAUGAAUGGCAUGUGUCCGUUCAGAGGUUGGAAAUAGAGGAAGUGCGUCAGGAUGAGGCUCUUCAGCUGCCAGAAGAUCUGGAUUAUUUUGCCAUUGAUGCAUCACUAUCUCAGGAAGUGCGAGAGAAACUGGACUCCCACCGUCCCCAGACGAUUGGCGCUGUCAGUCGCAUUCCUGGAGUUACACCUGCUGCUGUUCUAAAUCUACUGAGGUUUGUGAAGAACCAUCACAAAAGAGCAGAGCAAACAAGUGAGAGAUGUAGGAUUGCUAGUCCCAUCCCUGAUGUCAAUCUGCUGGGACAAAGAAAGCUCCAAGCUACUGAUAUGUGAACAGUGCUUACUGAGCAAAACCCAUUGAACCGUUUGUUCCUUGAGCC